GCAGUCACACUCCUGACAAUAACAAGCAGUAUGAUUGCAGGCAAAGAGAUCAAGAGCUUCAAAUGGGGCGAGCUGGACGAGGUGGAGCGCGCGCGCAUCUGCCACAACUUCACCGAGGGAGACAAGGUGCGCCAGGAGCUGUACUCGCCGCUGUACAACGGCACCAACCACUAUCCGAACAACACCGAGUGCACGCGAGUCAUUCGCGCCCCCUACAACCACAUGGUGCGCCUGGACUUCCGCGACCGCUUCCACCUGGAGGAGUCGCCCACGUGCGAGUUCGACUACCUGGAGAUUCGAAACGGCGCGUACGCCUACUCGCCGCUCGAGGCGCGGCUCUGCGGCGAAACCUUCCCCAAGCCCGUGCAGUCCGAGGGACGCCACCUGUGGCUCAAGUUCUCCUCGGACGCCAGCAUCGAGUACACGGGCUUCAAGGCAGUAUACACCUUCAAGCCGGCGCCCAAGACCCAUGAGCCACCACCCGAAGAGUGCCUGUUCAACGUCGAAGGCAGCCACGGCGUCAUUGGCUCGGAAGACAUCAAACCAUCCCAGCUGGAACACUCCCGCCAAAACAAGCUCCCCCUGGAGUGCACAUGGAGCAUUCGGGUGAAGCCAUCCUGGAAGAUGUACCUGACAUUCCUCGAGUACAAGCUAGCGGACCCAAACAAUUGCCGCUCCAACUUCGUGGACAUCCUCGCAGAGGAGCCUCAGCACGAGUCAUUGAGCCACUUCUGUGGCACAAUGGCGGAGCCCACCCAGUCCAAGUCGAACCACGUCAAGGUGCGCUACUACGCCGAGCACGGCGCCCUCAAGGGCGGGAACUUCUCCAUCCUCUUCACUGCCUUCAGAGAGAUCUCCAGCGGAGAGAGGUGCGAUCCGGAAACAGAAUUCAGUUGUGACGAUGGCUGGUGCAUUGAUGAGAAACUGAAGUGCAACGGCCAGUUCAACUGCAAGUAUCGCUACGACGAGGAGUCGUCAAUCUGCCACGUCGGCUCGAAUGUCGGCGUGGUUCUCUCGAUGAAGCACAUGGUGGUGAUCCUGGUGGUGUUCUCGGCCUUGGUUGUUGGGAUGUGCGCCUCUAUCGGCAUAACCUGCCACAACAAGAUCCAGGAGCGUCGGCGCCGGGAGCGCGAGUACAAGCUGCGGCGCUCCAAGGAGGCUUCCGUCGAGGUGGGUCUUGACCUAUCCGCCGGAAACCUGGAGGCAGCGCUGGCGCUGCAAGCAGCUGAAAUCGGCGCGCGCCGAGCUGGUGGAUUGCCACCUAGCGCACCUACAGCGACGACUUUGGUGGGACCCACGGUGCUACGACCCGAAGACGACGACAACGGCUGCUACGUGCCCGAGGUGGACCUGAGCGUGUUCCGCAAGCACCCGAACGGGCGGCCGCUGUCGCCGGCAACGGAGGCGUAGCGCUCGUGUCCGCAGCAUGGCGACUUGCACAGUCUGCGUAGCGACAGCGUCACGCCUCCGAUCCCACCUCCACCACCGCCGCCCCACAAAGCCCAUCCUCCGCCCCGCGUGGACAUCUAUCGCUGAGCGCGACCUGCGACGACGACAGCCGAGCGCGCAAAACACGCCCGGCGCCACCUUGCUCAACAACCGACAGGACCGUGUCGAGGAGGCGAUGUCGCGCGCACCGCGGAGCGUCUCUGCAGCGGCCUCCUCUUGGGAAGAAAGGCAGGAAAGGUUGUUCUGCACUGCCUUGCAUAUUAACCCUGCUCAAAGUUACGGGAACCAUUUAUUCGCCCUCGACACGAGCUGGCUUCGAGAGUAGUCGUGUGGUUGCGCGAGUGCGCGCUUCGUCGAAGAGUGUGGCGCGGAAAGUGGGCUGGCCUCCGAGCGAGAGCGAUCAUCGGUGCCAGGGCAGCUCGUGGCACACUCUGGACACAAGCGGUCUGCGCAUAGCCUUUCACGUUCACUCAACCCAUUGACUCAAAGCACGGUGUCGUCGGACUCAAAGUGUCAGAAUUGAAAAAAAAAUGUUAUUGACUUCUCUUUUCGAACUGACGCUGUGGUGCUCGUGUGUGGACGCCUCUGUACAGCGCGGGUGUUACUUUACUAGGAGUACUAAUUACUCUUUGCCUGUUUACAAUACACACAACGGAAACAACGA